AUCCAUCACUUGGUACUCCCCGAUGACCCAGACGUGUUCUACAUGUAGAAGUCGGAAAGUGCGGUGCGACGGGGUGCACCCCAUAUGCGGGCCAUGCUCCAGAGCUCGGCGUUCAGUAACAUGUAGCUAUGUGAACUCGCCGUCUGAGGUUACGAGGGGUCCCCUUCUGCAGAAAGGUAAUGCUUGCUACGCUUGCCGGAGGAAGAAGAAAAAAUGUGACGCGAGACGGCCGUUUUGUACGACUUGCGAAGUGGCCGGGAAACAAGACGAAUGUCAGUAUGAGGAGAAUGUUCAACGAAACUUGACCGAGUCUCUGAUGGCCCGCAACCGAGCGCUCGAGGAACGGAUAGCCGAAUUAGAAAGGCAACAAGGGUCAUACUCGGCUGCGACUGAACAGCGCAACCAAGCCUCGCCGUUAGCUACUGCCCACGUGCUUGAUCUUCUGUCAAACCCUGGAUCAAUGUCUGCGCAGUCAUGGAUACCUUUCCUUCCGAAUCUCAGCACCUUGCCGGAUCUCACUUGUCCAAGCAUUCUCAACAACCUCGACUUUGCAUUCCAAGUCACCGAGCAUGCGAGUUCGACCGAAAUCGUCUCACCUGGUGCAACCUUGAUCGGCUAUUCGUCUAUUCAACAGUUAAGCGAGUUCCGCAUGACAUUCCUCAAUCAUCACGGCCAACUAGGCAUCAGCUUCCCCGAACCGAAAAUGCGGGCCAUCAUGAACGGAGAUUUAUCCGGAACUUAUGCUCACCCGGUUCUCAUCCACGUCGCCCAGCUGAUGGGUUGCCGUUUGUGGCAAGAUCAGCAUCGUAUGAAUCUCAACGGCACGAUAGAGAACAUCCAGCUCCAGCUUACAAACCGCGCCCUGCUCGAAAAUCCUGACCCUGUCACGAAGCUGCAAGUCCACAGCGUGCUUGCAAUUUACUUUCUCAUCAAGCGAAUGAUGCACGAGGGCCGGGAUCAACUCGUUAAGGGUGCACAAGUCGCUGCAGAGUUCCGUAUGAGAUUCGACAUGCUGGUCGCCGGCGGUCUUCCGUCUCUUCAAGACGAACCCGACGUGGCGCAAGAGCACAUCUGCGCUCUGAGCCAGCUGAUGUACCUCGACAAAGCGGCGACAAUCGUGCUCAAUGACCCUUCACUGCUCGGUGCUGACUACGACCAGCAGUUCCGCACUCUCCCGUAUGUGUUUCCCACCAUCUCCAAGAACAACCUCGUCGUUCUGCGCGCUCGUAGCGUCGAUUUCCUGCAUCGCAGCCGGCAACUCGCCGCGCGCUGGAUGGAGCUCAUCCUCAGCAUCGGCGCCACGCAGGUGGGGUCAACGUCCGACGCGCAGAUGCACUGGUACGAGGAGUACUGGGAGCUGCUCGAGGACGUGUCGGACCACAUCGGGCACCUGAGUCCGAUGCUGCUGAAAACGGGCUUCUUUCGCCAGCGCGAGUUUGCGCUGGCACUGCGGAUGUGCUUGAUCGUGUCGCUGACGGCGGCAGCGGAGCUGCACCGGCUGUUGGCGAACCAUCAUACGGAGUCGAGGCUGAAGUCUAUCAACGUUAUACUCGAGAUCGUCGCCCUUACGAAGGGGUUACAGGAUGAGGACUACAUCUUCCUGGAUCCCAUCCUCGGGGUAUGCUGGUCGAUGGUUGCUAUCGUGCUCAACCAAGAGCGGAUGUGUCCCAUUGACGCAUCUAGCAGCGUAGAGUGGAAGUCGUCCUUUACCGUCAUUCGAUAUUCGGCACACAAGCUGGGGCAUACGCUGCCGUUCAUGGAGAAUUCCGUGGAGAGCAUUAACGGCGUAGCUGUGGAUUCGGAGGGCCCCAGCGGCAGCUUUGAGUAAGGAGCUUGAUUUUACUUGGAAUUUCUGUCUGUAAUUACUCUAUGAUUUGUUCUGCUCUGCUGCUAUCUCUCGUAAAUUGAUCUAUCCCGUAAUUGAUCUAUGCCGUAAAUUGAUCUAGCUUUUGGUUGAUGUACACUAGCUACUACACCUUGUAACGCUUUUAUUGCUAAUAUCGAUGCUAUCAUUUUUGUCGUG